AUGAGAAGGGAUCUAGGUCCUAUCGACUGGGCAUCCACUCUAUCCGGCGAUGUCGAAGAGGUUUGGUGUCAGUUCAAAGAGUUAGUCCACAACCUCAUCUCCAACCAUUGCCCAGUCAUGCACAGAAGACUAACAAAUAGAUCCCGCUGGCUGACUCCGUCCUUAAAGAAGGAGGUUAACAAGAAGAGGAAGCUGUGGAAAAGAUCCCUGACUGACCGGACGCCAGAAUCCCUAAGCAGUUAUAAGUCUCAGAGAAAUCGGGUCAAAGUUCUCAUCGCUAGAGAUCGGAAAGCCUUUGAAAAGGAUCUUCUGAACCGUGCCAGGGUUAAUCCCAAAGUCCUCCACAGCUACAUAAGACAGAGCACGCGGAACAAAGCCCCCAUCCCACUGCUGCAAACAGCCGAGGGAAUGGAAAUCUCCGAUGACAAGGAUAAGGCUGAACACCUCUCUCAGUUUUUCCGGUCCGUCGUGACAAGUGAACCUGAUUUUCUCUCCCCCAUUUGUGAAGACGAAGAAAAGCCUACCCUUGAAGCCGUAUUCUUCACCGAAGCAAUUGUUCGGAACGAGUUACUUAAUCUGAAAGAAUCGACCUCCCCAAGCCCGGAUGCAAUCCCCGCAAAGCUGCUGAAGGAGCUAGCUCCAGAAAUGUCCAAGCCAUUAGCCUUGAUCUUCCAAACAUCAUUUCUUACUGGAUGCCUACCCUUUGACUGGAAGUCCGCUACCAUCACUCCGCUUUUUAAGAGCGGAAGUCGUGCGUCUGCGAAUAACUACAGGCCAGUGAGUCUUACCUCUAUCUGUUGCAAAAUCAUGGAGAAGAUCAUUAAGAAGGCCUUGAUGCAGUUCCUCGAGCAGUACCACCUCCUCUCUGAUGCACAACACGGCUUUCGAAGUGGUAGGUCCUGUCUCACGAAUCUGCUCUUUACGCUUGAACGCUGGAUCAAAGCACGCGAUGAAGGUAGUGUGGUGCACGCCAUCUACAUCGACUUCAAAAAGGCCUUCGACAGCGUUCCCCACCAACGUCUCUUGCACAAACUACGCAACGCUGGACUUCGUGGACGUCUUCUUGCAUGGAUCCAGAGCUUUUUGGCUGGACGGUCCCAAAGAAUGCAGGUCGGGCGUCAACAGUCCUCAGUGGUAAGCGUGGUGAAUGGCGUCCCACAGGGCUCAGUCCUAGGUCCCACGUUAUUCCUCGUUUUCAUAAAUGACUGCGUCAAGGACUUAGACUGUGAUACCAUCCUGUUUGCCGACGACAUAAAAUUGUGGAAAGUUAUUCACAAUGCGGCAGACGCAGACCACCUGCAAGCAAAACUGAACAGGCUCGAAGACUGGUCGAAGCGCUGGCUUAUGCCCUUCAAUAUAAGCAAGUGCAACUUUCUUCAACUAGGCAGCUUCAGAGCCUCCAGCCCUAGGACCUACUUCCUAGAGGGCACACCACUGCAACAGGUAGACAGUCAGAAGGACUUGGGUGUAUGGAUUACAUCUUCACUCAAACCAACACUGCACUGCGCGAAGGCGGCUAAAUCGGCUAUGGCUACACUGCAACUCAUUAAGCGAGCAUUUAUGGGAUUAGAUCCAGACAGCUUUUCAAAAAUAUUUGACACCUACGUGAGGCCUCAUCUAGAAUACGCCAUACAGGCGUGGAGACCUUGGACUGCCAAGGACUAUACCGUUUUGGAGAAGGUCCAGAGACGGGCGACCAAAAUGACACGAGGUCUGGGAGCGCUGUCUUACGAAUCUCGACUGUCAACUCUCAACCUGUUUCCCCUUUCCUACAGGCAAUUACGUGGUGACCUUAUACUUGCAUUUCGCAUUAUCAACGGCCUAGACUGUUGUUUAGAUCCCACUGAUUAUUUAACACAAGCUAACACGCCCAAUUUGCGCGGUCAUCCCCUAAAACUACGCGCCGAGAAAGCAAGAAUCAAUGGGAGAAAGUUCUUUUUCAGUCACAGAGUGGUUGCAGCGUGGAAUGCCCUGCCCACCGAUGUUGCAACCUCCUCCUGUGUGAAUUCCUUUAAGUUUAGACUUGACGCGCAUCAAGCCUCCCGGUUACCAGCCUUGCAUCCACUCACAUAA